UCUUAAAUCAUUAAAAACAUACACAUCUCACGUCUUUUAUUGGUUGAUUUCUUUAUUCAAGUCAAAAAACAAGAAACGAGAUUAAAGUUAAUGUAUCGUGCCUUAAUAUUUUGAGAUUAUUUGGUUUUUGUAAGAUGACUUAUAAACCGGGAUGAAGGGAGUACAAACGAAUAACUCGGGGAAGGGAAACUAACAUUGCAGGUGUACGCAGAUCUAGAGGAGUUCACGUGGAAUCAUGGAAACAUAAAUGGUUAACAAAUGAGAGGGGAUACUUUCUGCCGGCAAAUAGCUUCAGAUCUCAACUUAAAUUAACAGCGCACACGGUUUGAUCCCCAUGGACAAACCCAUACUUUUCUUCUCUUUGGGGUUAGCAUCUGAGGUUACUCCCUCCGUCUAUGGAAAGAAGGAAACUUCUUGGCAAUUGCUGUGACGAUAAGAUCCAAUCAAGCACGCCACCAGAAAGAACUUAUCCCCAUUCUCCCACACCCACCCCUCUUGUGCGCAUCCCAUUCCCCCACACACAUUGACGAGAGAGACGCGCGAGAGCAGCUCCAGCAUCAGCCAUGGCGGGCAUCGGGGCCAUGAUUGCCGCUGCACUUCUGAAGGAGGUGGUGCAGCAGAUUGGUUCGCUGGUGGGAGGUCAGAUCAAGCUGCAGCAGAGCUUGGACAAGGACCUCAAGGAGAUGAAGAUGACCCUCGAGUCCAUUGAGGCGCUCCUCAAGGACGCUGAGCACGCCAACACCAACAAUUCCAUGCGUUUGUGGCUCAGUCGUCUCAGGGACGCCAUGUAUGGCAUCGCCGACAUGAUUGAUGAUUUUGAGGCUGAGGCAACACGCAAGUUCUCCAUCAAGAAGCUCUGCAAGAUGGGCCCAAAGUUCACAUUGGCUAACAAGAUGAAGAUGAUGAGAGAGGAACUGCAGGGGAUCACACAUCAGUAUCGGGAAUUCAUGUUAGUGCCGGGCACUAAUGCUGAUGAGCUGAAAUUCAUACAAAUGCGAGAAACAUAUUCAACCAUUGAGGAUUCAAUCAUUGGGAGGGCCGAAGAGGAAAAUAAAAUAUGGGUUUCUUUAUCUGAGAACACAGUACAAGACCUCGUUGUCCUUGCUAUGCACGGCAUUGGAGGCCUUGGCAAGACGACCUUGGCGAAAAUGAUUUACAAUAAUAAUACAAAAUUUGAAGAAUACGUCCGGGUGUGGAUUUAUGUGUCCGAGACAUUUGAUUUGAACAAAAUUGGCAAUUCUUUAAUAAGUCAACUGUCACAGAAUGAGAGUACCUACACUGAAACGCAGAUGAUACACAGAUCACUUGCACAGCUACUCGCCAAUAAGAAGAUUCUUAUUGUCCUAGAUGAUUUGUGGGCAGAGGAUGAUUCCCAAUUGGAUAGUCUGGUUGCAAUGCUUAAGGUUGGCAAGGGUAGUAAGGUGGUUGUUAUAGCAACCACACGCAAUGAGGAGAUUGCAAGGAAAAUUUCGACCAUUCCCUCACAUGAGUUAGCAUCACUAACAGAUGAGAUGUGCUGGACUAUAAUUAAGCAAAAAAGUGGCUUCGAAUCUAGAGAUGAUAAAGAACAGUUAAAGGAUAUAGGGGAAGCCAUUGCAGCGAAGUGUGGAGGUGUGGCUUUAGCUGCUCAAUCAAUUGGACCCAUUUUGGAAACUAUGACCUAUAAUCAGUGGAAGAAAGUGAAAGACAGUGAUAUCUGGAAAGAAUCUUCUUCUUCUUCAGAUCCCAAAGAUAAAGCUGCAACACGGGUGCUUGCAUCCUUGAAGUUAAGCUAUACUUUUAUGCCUCGGUAUUUGAAGCUCUGCUUUGCCUAUUGGGCAAUCUUUCCAAAAGGAUACAAGAUAUGUAAAGGUGAUCUAAUUCACCAGUGGAUUUCUCUUUCUUUUAUUGGGGCAACACCAACAUUCACCGCUUGGGAGCUCGGCGAGAUGUACAUUACUCAGCUUUUGAAGCUUUCCUUCCUUCAGCAUUUAAAGGUAUUUGUUUGAAGCAAGCACUGAGAGAACUUCCUAUGUACGCUUGGACCAAAGUGAGAACUUCAGCCAAAUGCAUAAAAGGUUCCAGCCCACAAGUACAGAGAGUCGCCUAAAGAUCAUCCCACGAUGCAGGGCGUUUACAUCAAAGUCACCGCAAUCAAAGAAGCAUUUUCAGCACUGCGGGCCUGAAGAAAAGUACAACCAUCAGUAUCUAUGUUGACCUAGGACUAGUUUUCUCUACACAAGGCUUUAUUUCAUUUUUUUUAAUUAGAAGUACAACCAAUUCACUAGCUAAUGUGUAUUUGUAAUGAAGGCAAACUAUUGUUCAGCCUAUAUAAAAUAAAGUUCAACAUAGGGACUUUUCUUU